CAUUUGGCGCAAGCCGUCAGGUUAAUAUUAUUUAAGCAACUACAAUAUUGAACCGCUUUAUUUAUAUAAUUUUUAUUUUUGUACAUAACAUCUUUAUAAGGAAAAUGAUAUCUAAAGUCUCUCGCGUCACUAGAACUUUUGCAAUUCGAUAUGGGAGCGUUGGUGAUCAUAUUGUGCGAAAUUUUGCAAUAGCUUCGAAUAACGGAUGCCAUCUAAGUGUGACACAGAAAGUUUUUCCUUGCCCCAUUAAAUGCCGGUCAUGGAGAAACUAUGUGCAGAAUAUCCAAUACAGCACGGAGAAAACACGUCAACCUAUAUUGGAUGUAAAUUAUAGUGACAUUAAAGAUUUGCCGAAUCACCCAGAAAAAUUAUUAAUUGAUGUUCGUGAGCCGGAUGAGCUUGUAGAAACUGGAAAGAUUCCCACAAGUAUAAAUAUUCCCUUGGCUUCCGUAGUGCAAGUAUUGGCGGAAGAUGUUAAACCGCAAAGGUUUCAGUCCAAAUACGGUCGCCGAAAGCCAGGUUUUGACGAUGAGAUAAUCUUUACUUGUAAACUUGGAAAACGUGCUCUUAAGGCUGCGGAAAUAGCAAAUGCUAUGGGGUUUACAAAUGUGAAAUACUAUCCCGGAUCUUGGGAAGAUUGGAUUAAAAACGAAAAAGAAAAACACGCUACAUAAAAAAGUAACAAGGCACUAUUGAUUGAACUAUAUGGCGUUUAGUAUGCGAAUUACGUACAUAGGUGUUAUAUAUGUACAUAUACACAAGUAUUUAUCUAUUAACACCUCUAUUGUACUGCGCAGAUGGCCAAUAUAACGAAACUAUGGUUAACACGGUUUAAAUUUUAAUAAUUUCUUCAUUUCAAUAAAGGCAAUAUGCUUGUAUUAUACGUAUAUUAAGUUGUUAAUCAAAAUGCAUUUAAACGAAUAGAAUUUUCAAUAUCUUUCGUAAAUAUAUGUAUGUAUUUUUAUAAUAAAAUAAAAAAUCUUCAUAAAGCACUCAUGAAA